AUGGGUGAGAGAAUAAGAGCUGAAGAAACAAAGAUGUACAGUAAUGCAGAGACUAUUAAUAUUCAUAUUAAUAGCAACAAUAACAAUGGAGAUAGUUUAUUUAUCGAUGCAAUAAGAUACUUUCCUUAUUCUGGAAAAAUUUUAUUAAUACCAACUUUAUCUCAUCAAAGUGGAUUUAAUCCUCAGGAUCAAUAUCAGCAGCAACAGAAAUUAUCUUGUAGUAGUAGUAGUAGUGGUAGGAGAGCCACCGAUGCUACACUGAGGAAUAGGAACAAUGUAAUAUAA